GAUAGUGACGCCAAAUUUCAUGCCUUACGGUGACACUAUCCCACCGUAACAACAAAACAGCCUUUGAGUUCUUGACUACCAUUUUACUCUCGGAGAUACCACCACCGUUUCUAAGCUCAGAAACACAAAAAUUCUUCAUUGAAAUUCACACACAGUUCAUGAAUACAUAUAGAUAUAUAUACACACGCAUGCAUUCAUGUGUUCGUGUAUUAGAUUGUACGAAUUUUGUUUAUAACCGUCUUUGAAUAAAGAAAUGGAUAGAAAUUGUGAUUUUCUGUCACAGAAUUGACCGGUGAAGGUCGUGUAGUUGAAACCAGAAAAGAAAUUGAUUAUCAAUAUUUAUUAGGUUGUUAAGCUCUCAUUUUCUCUGUAUUUUUGAUCGGUGUAUUUCAUCUUCUGUUGUGGGGUUAGUUAAAAAUUGUUAGACUCAAUUUUAAGCAAAAACCCACCUAUCAUUUCUCUUGAAAGCAGAAAUUUUUAUUAUUUUAGAGUUUACCAGAUCACUUGAAAGAGAAAAUUUUGUCUUGAUCUUCAGAAUGAGUCCGAUGAAAAGUUGGAAUUUUUCAAGGGUUUUGUUUCGAAUGGUGUUCGGGUCAUGGUUGAUAAUUUCAGUAGUGUUGCCAGUAAAUGGGUUGAGGCCGUUAAGGCAGAGGCCUAAGUCAUGGGGCGAUGAGUGGCUUCUUGUAAGCAAGGAUGAGCAUGAGUUGGGCCCAUUUUCUUCUUGGAAUAUAACAGGAACGUAUAAAGGGCGUUCUUCUUUUUGCUGCAUCAAAUGGGUUUCCAUGAGUUUUCUAUAGCUGCUAAUGUUUUUCGAUUGAAAUCAAUUCUGCUUAUAUUGGGGGAUUGCAAGCUGAUGUAUAUGCCAAGGAAUGGAAACAAAUGUUCUGACAAGUUAGCAAGCUUGACGCUCUUGCAAUGCUAACGGGAGAUUGGAGGUUUCUAAAUUCUGCAAAUAGCUCUUCCAAGUUUCCUGAUUUUAAGAAAUCGAAGGGCAACUCUGUAUUAGAAUUGAUGAGUACACCAACAAAAAUAACUGGUGUACAUUAUGUUCAGGGGGUAAUAAUUUUCCAUGGCGUGUUUGACGAUGAACAUGAUGUUGCCCGUGCUAAAAUUAGGGUAGAGGGUGUAUACAUUUGGCCUUUCAGACAACUUCGGAUGGUUGGUAACAGUGGAAAAGAGAGUGAGUUUGGGCAGGAAGAUGAUUACAUAUUAUCCAAUCCAUAUCACUUGCUUGGAGUUUUCUCCUCCCAGGUGUUUCAAGAGUCUCCUCAAGAGAAGAUCUGGAAGAGUAAACACUCUCCCAUUUAUGAAAUGGAGAAACAUUGCAAUAUUGAAAUUGCUGCACAAAUCUCUCGUGUCUCCUCCAUGCAAAAUGAUGGAGAUCAUGAUCGGUAUCAUCUAGAAGGAUUAAUGGAAACCCCUUCAGUGGAUGAUGAUGGAGAUUGCUUCUCCCCGAUGCUUUUAAAUGCAACUUCGGUCAAUGUUGAGGUUUAUUACAAUAAAGCAGUAAACUACACGUUGAUGGUCACCUUUAUCUCUUUUCUCCAAGUUCUUUUGCUGAUCCGGCAAAUGGAACACAGUAACACUCAUUCUGGAGCCGCCAAAGUCUCUAUUCUGAUGAUUGGGCACCAGGCUAUCAUGGAUGCAUAUAUUUGUCUUCUGCAUCUUACAGCAGGGAUUUUAGUUGAGUCCCUAUUUAAUGCUUUUGCAACUGCGGCAUUUUUCAAGUUUGUGGUCUUCUCAAUAUUUGAAAUGAGAUACCUACUCGCUAUAUGGAAGGCGAACAGGCCUAUGAAUAAUGGGGAGAAUUGGGAAGCAAUGAGGCGUGAACUUUCAGCUCUUUAUAGCCGUUUCUAUGGGAUCCUUUUGGGGGGCAUUUUGGUCACGUAUGAGUUUCUUAAAUAUUUCCGCUUCAUUCUUCUUCUUCUGCACUCAUUCUGGAUACCGCAAAUAAUCAUCAAUUUAGUUCGUGAUUCAAGGAAACCAUUGCAUCCUCAUUACAUUUUAGGAAUAACGAUCACUCGGCUCGCUGUCCCAUUAUAUGCAUUUGGUUGUCCACACAACUUCAUGAGAAUAGAGCCAGACAGGAAGUGGUGUGUGUGCUUGAGUAUUUUUAUGGGAUUCCAAGCAUCUAUUCUUCUUCUACAGCAUUAUUUUGGAUCUCGGUGGUUCAUUCCCCGCCAGAUUUUACCCGAGAAAUAUAGCUAUUAUAGAAGGUUUGAUCCGGCUGCAAAUAAUGCCACAGACUGCGUCAUCUGCAUGACCACCAUUGAGCUAAGCCAUCGCUCCAAUGACUGCAUGGUAACACCAUGCGAUCAUUUCUUUCACUUAAGCUGUUUACAAAGAUGGAUGGACAUAAAAAUGGAGUGCCCAACUUGCCGGCGUCCUCUUCCACCGUCCUAGGAGAUUGUACGACUCUUCAAUUUACAACAAACUGUUAAUAGUGGUAUAGUGGCAUGGACAUUGCUACAUGCACUUAAAGCUUUACAUAAUGAGUUACAUAAUGUCACAUGUCAUUUUAUUAUUUGUCGGUUAAAAUAUAGUCAACUCUUUUAAUCAUUCUUUUCCUUUCACAUCAUUUUAUGUAAUUUUUUAUGUACUAUUUUUAAUGUACAAUUAGCAUAAUCCAUAGCGGCACAGUGGCUUCAUGGGAUGUAGAUUAUUCCUUCAUGUCAAGAACUUCUAGUAAGGAUUUUUUUUCUCAUUCGGCUAUAACCUCAGAGGCUGCCCGAACAUGCAUGGAUUAGUUGACACAAAAGUGACAAUCUUCAUGUUGUAUAUUCCAGUGUUCGUAGUAGAAAUUCGACAAUUUUCACCAUUA